GAGAGAGACGAGAGAAGAGAGAAAAGAUUUCGCCUUUCCCCUCAUCUCCCAAGAAAUCGCUCCGUCCCGCGAACCAACGCAGCAGCACGCCCGGGCCGGAGACCAAGGCCAGGGCAAGGAUUUCUCCGGCCGCCGAUUCAGUCCAGCUGCUAGGGUUCCCCCGCCCCGCCGCCGGAGGCGCCAGGUGCCCAUCCCCGAAUGCACUGAUGGACCGAUCGCCGGCACCUCUCAGCCCACCAGGUUUCGCUGUGCCGCUCGCCGUCAAGAAGCGGCAGCAGGCGGCGCCGGGCUACAGCAGCCCGUGGGGAGUCCCUCCGGCGCCGCCCCUGACAAACAACAACCCCAACCCGCCCAAUGGCCUCAGAGCCGGCGACACCAGCAUCUUCUCCACCUCGCUGCCCGUUCUGCCGCACGAAAAAUUGAACUUUCCUGACUCCGCACAUGGCACCCCUUCGAUGGACGACGCAUCUGCUAAACUGAAAGAAUUCGACGAUGAUCCUCAGGGGAACGACUACCCGUUUGACUUUGAUCUGCGGCAGAUCGACGACCUGCUGCCCGAUGAGGAUGAGCUUUUCGCUGGGAUCACGAAUGAGAUCGAGCCGGCAGGGCAGACUAACCCCGCGGAGGAACUGGAGGAGUUUGAUGUCUUUGGAAGUGGAGGGGGAAUGGAGCUGGACUCGGACCCUCUGGACAGCAUCACAGCUGGUCUGGGGAAUGCAAGCAUAGGCGAUGGGAUCAGGGCCAAUGGGGUAAACAACAAUUUCGGUCUGUCAAACAGUCCUGGAGCUGUGGCUGGGGAGCAUCCGCUGGGGGAGCACCCUUCCAGGACAUUGUUCGUGAGGAACAUUAACAGUAACGUCGAGGACUCUGAACUGCGCUCUCUCUUUGAGCAAUUUGGGGAUAUCCGGACCCUCUACACCGCAACGAAGCAUAGGGGCUUUGUAAUGAUAUCUUAUUUUGAUAUCCGAGCUGCACGUGGUGCAAUGCGUUCGUUGCAGAAUAAGCCUCUGAGGAGGAGAAAGCUUGACAUUCAUUUUUCUAUCCCAAAGGAGAAUCCAUCUGACAAAGAUUUAAACCAGGGGACUCUUGUUAUCUUUAACUUGGAUCCGUCAGUUUCUAAUGAAGAGGUUCGCCAGAUUUUCGGAACUUAUGGGGAAGUAAAGGAGAUAAGAGAGACGCCUAACAAAAAGCACCAUAAGUUUAUUGAGUUCUACGAUGUUAGGGCGGCAGAAGCUGCUCUUCGGUCACUGAAUAAGAGUGAGAUUGCUGGAAAACGUAUCAAGUUGGAGCCAAGUCGUCCUGGUGGAACACGCAGAAGCUUGGUGCAACACCUUGGUCAUGAACUAGAAGAUGAACCCAGAGGUUAUAGGCAUUCUCACGUCGGAUCGCCUAUGGCUAACUCUCCUCCAGGGGCAUGGGCUCAGUAUGGUAGCCCAACCGACAACAAUUUGCUGCAUGCAUUCAGCAACUCACCUACUGGAAACGGAAUGAGCCCUAUCGGAAUGUCCCCUUCAAUGAUGUCAAAUGCUCUGAAGAUUGCACCAAUUGGGAAGGACAACAACUGGUCUAAAUAUGAUCAAGUAUUCUCAAACAGCAACCAGUCCCUCGGCGCUGCGUUUCAGCACUCACAGUCAUACCAAGAUCGCAAAAGUGACCAUAUGAGCUCGAGUCCUGGGACAUUAACAGGGCCUGAGUUUCUGUGGGGCAGCCCAAAGCCUUAUCCGGAGCAUUCCCAGUCCUCAUCAAUGUGGCGUCCACCACCAGUUGGUCAUGCAAUGUCAUCUAGUAGCCGCCCUCAGGGUCAGGGCUUCCUGUAUGGUAGUCGCCAGGCUUCAUUGUUCGGAUCUUUGGAUCAAAACCGUCAUCAUGUUGGGUCUGCCCCUUCAGGAGCUCCGUUUGAGAGCCACUUCGGAUUUUUGCCUGAAUCGCCUGAGACAUCGUUUAUGAAUCAAGUUAGGUUUGCAAAUAUGGGGAACAUUGGCGGUGCUAACCGAAACGGGGGAAGCCUCAUGCUGAACAUGGCUUCUCGUGCUUCCCUGAAUCCUGUCUCUGCUCUAAGUGGAAGCCUGACAGAUAAUAACUCUACUAACUUCAGACCAGUACCAUCGCCAAGACUUGGGCAACCACCAUUCUUUGGGAACACCACAUAUCAAGGACCUGGUUAUUAUGGACUUGACAGCUCCACCAUUGAGCGUGGUCGUAACCGCAGAGUUGACAGCAGCGCGUUCCAGGCAGAUAGCAAGAAGCAGUAUCAGCUUGAUUUGGACAAGAUCCGUAAAGGGGAGGAUACUCGGACAACAUUGAUGAUUAAAAACAUCCCAAACAAGUACACAUCCAAGAUGCUUUUGGCUGCAAUUGAUGAGCUCCACAAAGGAACGUAUGACUUCUUCUACCUGCCAAUUGAUUUCAAGAACAAAUGCAAUGUUGGUUAUGCGUUCAUUAACAUGAUAUCCCCUGUGCACAUUGUAUCUUUCUACCAGGCUUUCAAUGGGAAGAAGUGGGAGAAAUUUAACAGCGAGAAAGUAGCGUCAUUGGCUUAUGGUAGGAUCCAGGGAAGGAAUGCACUAAUCUCACAUUUCCAGAAUUCAAGUUUGAUGAACGAGGACAAGAGAUGCCGUCCCAUUCUUUUUCAUUCCAAUGGACCAGAGACUGGAAAUCAGGAACCAUUCCCAAAUGGGAUAUGCAUCCACAUGCCUCUGGAUGGUGGGGCAGGCUCCAGCAAGGAGCCCCUCGGCUUUGAAGAGGACGACAAUCCCAACGAGAUCAAGAUAUCCGGGGAGAAAUCCAUGGUGGGGAGUUUGUAGAUUAUAUAACCAACGAAGAGGCUCGGAGUCGCCGCCGCGGAGUCUAACUGUCUUGUGACGAAAGGCGGUGUCCACCCCCAAACUGUAUAAAAGUGAGGAAGAUUGGUUUAGUAGUGCAGGAAUUAUGGCGUGGCGUGGCAUGGCGCAUCUACCGGUUUUUGUCGCAGCGGAUGUCGCCCCCCUGAAGCAGCGGCUUUGAAUCGCAGUCGGGAGUUUGCUAGGUCCCCCCCUCUUUUGACCCCCCGAACUCUGUACAGAUAGAUGUGGGGAGUUGAUGAUGACUGGAUGAUGAUGCUUUUGGUUUGGUUUUCUGUAAAGAACACCAAUUGUACAGUCGGAUGGAUACUUGUGCUAGUUCUGCAUGCUUUUAUUUUCUGUAUGGUUGAAACUCAACUCAAGACGGGUCUAAUCGGGUGAUGCCAGUGUGGAAAUAUGAAUCCCCACAUUGUGCAUUAUAAGUGA